GCUUUGGGUCUCAUGGCGCUCUGGUUGACUGUGGUCCUCACCCUUGCCUGCCUUGGUGGCCUCGCUGCCCCAGGCCCAGUGCCUCCUCCAUCCCCAGCCUUCAGGGAGCUCAUUGAGGAGCUGGUCAACAUCACGCAGGACCAGAAGGCUCCCCUCUGCAAUGGCAGCAUGGUGUGGAGCGUCAACCUGACAGCUGGCGAGUACUGUGCAGCCCUGGACUCCCUGAUCAAGGUCUCCAACUGCAGUGCCAUCCAGAAGACCCAGAGAAUGCUGAGUGGCCUCUGCACACACAAGAACACUGCUGGGCAGGCUUCCACCAUGCCCAUCCCGGACACCAAAAUUGAAGUGGGCCAGUUUGUGAAGAAACUGCUCAGUCAUUUACGGUGUCUUCUUCGCCAUGGAAAGCUCCCCUGAAGCAUGAGAUAUGCAGAAAUGGGCCCUGAUUAUUGAAGUUGCAGAUUCAUUUUCUUACCAAUGUCAGAAACUGUGGGGGACAUGGGGAGGAGGGGGGAAGGGAAAGAUUGCCUUAGCUUAGACCUCAGCCUGUGCCACCUGCCUUCAGCUGUACCAACCCUUGCCUGGGUGGCUGGGGCUCAGCCUAGUGGCCUCCUUUGUCCAGGGCUCCGAGCUCAAGGGACCCGGAGUGAAGACACUUCCCUGCACCUGGACCCCUCCCUAGGGGUAGCAUUCCAGUGGGUGCUGUUCUUGCCAGACAGGGACCUGCUUCACACAGGGUGACUGACUGAAGCAGAGACAGCUCAGGCCCAUUUCUUCUUAGUCUUAUUUAUUAUUGUGUGUUAUUUAAGUGAGUGUCUGUUAGUGUUGGGGUGGGGGAGGCUUUCGCUGCCUG